AUGAAAGUACCGGCGUUGUUAAGUUUGAUCGGAGGAAAAACGUAUUCAUUAUUACGCGAUCUCACCAGUCCAGAAAAACCGGCGGAAAAAAACUUUGAGGACAUUGUCAAAUUGUUAAAGGACCAUUUAUCACCCAGACCUUCGGUAAUCGCAGAGAGGUUCAGGUUUAAUCGACGACAACAAAUGGACGUCGAAUCAGUAAAUGAAUACGUGGCAAAACUUCGAAAACUUGCUGAAUGCAAGGUGAAGAUAACGAACAGUGAAUAUUGUGAAUUCGGGAAUAAUUUAAAUGACACCCUUCGCGACAGAAUAGUGUGCGGACUAAACAACGAACAAAUUCAGAGACAACUGUUGUCUAAAACAACUCUCACACUGCAAAAAGCCAUUGACAUAGCCGUGGCCAUGGAAACUGCAUCAAAGGACACACAAGAACUUAGAGACAAGCAAGUCAGUGUCAACAAACUGAGUCAUCAACACAACUACCAACAAAAGACCGACACGCCACAGCCUAGCAAAUGCAUCCGAUGCAAUGGCAAAAAUCAUGCAUCAGCCGAUUGCUACUUCAAAGAUGCCGUUUGUCGAAAAUGCAACAAUAAAGGUCACAUUAAACGAGCAUGUCUGACAAAAGGUAAACAUAAAUUUAAAACAGCCAAACAGAAGAAAUAUGUAAGGAAUGUGGACAAAACUGAAAGCGAUGACAGCGAUUCGUCAUGCGGAAUAGAAAAAUUAAGCAUGAAUUCCGUCAUCAAAGCUGAUGAUUGUCCGAUACUCUUAAAUGUCAGAGUAAAUGGAAAGGAUAUUCAAAUGGAAUUAGAUACCGGAUCAGCCGUAUCCGUGAUAUCAGAGGAAAAGUUCCGAGAAAUAUUCGGGAAGCAGCCAUUGAAAUCGAGCAAUAUCAAACUCCGUACGUACUCUGGAGAAAAAUUAAAAUCAGUAGGAGUUUUAGAUGUUAACGUGGAACAGAAUGGACAAAGUGUCACUUGUGAGCUCUACGUGGUAAAAAAGGGAACAACAACAUUAUUUGAAAGAUCAUGGCUAAAAGAUUUAAAACUUGACUGGAAAAACGUCAAAAGUGUUAUGAGUGUCACUACAAUGAAAAGUGAAAGCAAAAGCAAAGUGCAAGCUAUAUUACAAAAGUAUAGCUCGGUGUUCAGAGACGGAAUUGGUAGAGUUAAAGGAAUUAAAGCAAACCUACAUUUAAAUGAAGAUGCAAAGCCAAUCUUCUGUAAAGCACGACCAGUUCCGUACGCCAUGAAACCCAAAAUUGAACAAGAACUAGAAAAUCUUGAAAAUAUGGGAAUUCUGGAGAAAGUAGACACAAGAGAAUGGGCAACUCCGAUUGUCACGGUUCCUAAGAAAAAUGGAAAUGUUAGGAUCUGCGGAGAUUUUAAAGUCACAAUCAACCUCAAGCUGAAUGUCGAUCAAUAUCCCUUGCCAAAAAUUGAGGAUAUUUUUGCGUCAUUGUCUCAUGGAGAACAUUUCUCUAAAAUAGAUUUGAGACAGGCUUAUCUACACAUGGAAAUGGAGGAAAAGUCGAAAGCAUACCUUACUAUUAAUACCCAUAAAAGACUAUAUCGAUACAACAGAUUGUUGUACGGGGUAGCAUCAGCACCAUCAAUUUGGCAAAGAACUAUGGACCAAAUUCUUCAAGGAAUACCAGGAGUUCACUGCAUCUUAGACGACAUGAUUGUCACAGGUAAAACCGAAAAGGAACACUUAAGAAAUUUGGAUAGUGUUCUUCAGCGCCUCCAAAAUUUUGGAUUGGAAGCUAAUUUUGAAAAAUGUAAAUUUUUCUCAGACAGUGUUAAGUACUGUGGACAUGAAGUCACAAAAGAGGGAAUCUGGAAAACUUAA